AUGAGACGGUGUGUGCGGUUAUUGUGGCGCCCGGAGAGGCGGCUACCGCGACGUUUCCGCGACGUGCCGGAUGAAUUCACCGACAUCCGUUCCUCCGACUGCCGGCCGCUGGUCUUCACUCCCAAGCGGCCGGCACCGCUGCGUGACGUCGCCCUCUCUGAUAUAGUCAUUGACGAGACGGCGAUGCAAACCGCCUCGCUGAGAGAACUUUCACAGCAGCCGGUAGCGAAACUCGACGCAGAGCGGAUGGGCCUUCCUCCACACCUCGUGAACUACCUGCAGCGCCGCUUCACGCAGGACAACGCAUCGGGUGGUGGCUUUCAAGGUCUGACGAUGAUACAGGCACGCGCGCUUCAGCACUUCUACGCCCGACAGGACGUGGCUCUCUGCGCCCCAACAGGGACUGGCAAGACUUUCGCGUUGUGCUUGGCCCUCGUUGCGCGGCUGAUGCGAGACGGGCCGAUGAAACUCUUUUCGGUUGUCUUCCUCGCGCAGAAUGACCACCUUUGCCGGCAGAUCGCGCGCUGGAUGGAAGAGAUGUGGUGGUACGAGUCAGAUGAUCGUCUGGUGUUCGCCGCAACAAGUGACAUUCCCCCGAAUGUUGUGUACCGCCGCCUCACACGCGAACUCGUCCGCGACGCCUCCGGCAAUGUUAUUGGAACAGUGGACAAGCGACCUUAUGUCUGUGUCGCCACACCGGAGGUUUUUUGGACUUUUUUCCAGCGCCGAAAAGAUGUGAUCCUCCAGCGUGAGGCGGCGAAGGGACGCAGGAAACACUCCUUCGCACUCACGCCUGUGCUCCCGGGCAUCGACCUCGUCGUUGUGGACGAGGUGGACGACGUGCUGCCGUCGACACGCCCCGAGGCACCUGGUAAUUUGCUAAUGAAGGAGCUUUAUCGCUUCGUCAAGUACCAAGCACCGGUCCAGCUCGUCUUCACGAGUGCGACGCUCGCAGGUUCGACGGUUAACCACGUGCGACGGUUCUUGAAGAAGAGUGUUCUUGAGUCCAAGACGUCCCGUAUCUUUGAGAGUGAGGUGGAAAGCCUCAUGCACAACGCGAAGACAACGGGAAAUCUCUCGCGUGUAAGCGUCCCCGAGAGCAUUCAGCACCUCUUCUACACUGCUGACACCCUCGAGGAACAGCAAGAGUGCUUGACAGCUGCCAUGAGGGCCACAAAGAGCAUGCCAACCUGUGACGAUGACAGCAGCAAUAGUGGUGCUGGUGUUCGGGUGCUGGUGAUUCUGCCAGAUUCGGCUAACACAGAGCUCUUUGUGAAGCGGGUUUUGACCCCCAGUCAGGUGGAUGAUCAAUUCACGGUUGAAAUGACAGACAAAACGCGUCACUCUUGUAGUGGACGCGAAGGAAAGGGACAUAGGAAGCACUUGGACCCGUCAGAGUUAGACACUACAUGCCCUUCUGCGUCGUCAUCCAUUCGACGAUUUAUUCUGUGUAGUUCGUCUUCUGUUCGUGGCCUGGAUAUUGUCAACCUCUCACAUGUGGUGAUUCUUUCCACACCGGGAUCGGCGUUGGAGUAUGCGCAUUGGUGCGGGCGUGUGGGCCGUUUUGGAGGCUGUGGCGUUGCAGUUGUUAUCAUGAGUCGCUCCGCCGUGCGGAGUAUGAGCGGGUUUUGCGACGCGCUGAGCAUACCGUUCACGGUGCAGCGGCGGUACAAGAAGAUCGACGUGGACGCGGAACGGCGUACGCUCGGCCUCUAG